GGCUCCGCACCGGGGAGGCGCGUCCUGCCCGAGCGGCGCCGGGAUCGUCGGUGCUGCUGCUGCUGCUGCCGCUGCACCUCCCGCCCUUCUGCUCCUCCUCGCCGUCCUCAUCCUCCCCCUCCUCCUGCUCCCGCUCCGCGCCUGCCGCCCGGCCGUGUCUGACAGGAUAUGUAACAUGACACUGAUAUUCUGGACAGUUUAUCAUAGGAGCCUCUGUGAAGCUGUUUUUUUGAAGUAAUGCCAAUAGAAAGUGGAAGUUGUGCAUCUGCUCGCCAAGCAAAGCAGAAACGUAAAUCACACAGUCUUUCCAUCCGGAGAACCAACAGUUCCGAGCAGGAACGGGCGGGACUGCAGAGAGACAUGUUGGAAGGGCAGGAUUCUAAGCUACCAUCUUCUGUCCGGAAUACACUCCUUGAACUUUUUGGACAGAUAGAACGAGAAUUUGAAAACCUGUAUAUUGAAAAUUUGGAAUUGCGUAGAGAGAUCGAUACACUGAAUGAGCGUUUAGCAGGUGAAGGACAGACAAUUGAUGGAGCUGAACUGAGCAAAGGACAGCUGAAAACAAAAGCCAGUCAUAGUACCAGUCAGCUUUCUCAGAAAUUAAAGACAACUUACAAGGCAUCUACUAGCAAGAUUGUAUCCAGUUUUAAAACUACAACAUCAAGGGCAAUCUGUCAACUGGUAAAGGAAUAUGUUGGCCACAGGGAUGGUAUUUGGGAUGUCAGUGUCGCGAAAACUCAGCCAGUGGUGUUGGGAACUGCAUCUGCUGAUCACACUGCUUUGCUGUGGAGCAUAGAAACAGGGAAGUGCCUUGUCAAGUAUGUAGGGCAUGUUGGAUCAGUAAACUCCAUAAAGUUUCAUCCCACUGAGCAAGUGGCUCUUACAGCAUCUGGAGACCAGACAGCUCACAUCUGGAGAUACAUAGUACAGUUGCCUACACCUCAGCCAACUGCAGACUGCAAUCAAGUGACUGGAGAAGACGAAGUUGAGUUCUCAGAUAAAGAUGAACCUGAUGGAGAUGGGGAUGGUUCCAGUGAUUGCCCCACUGUCAGAGCCCCCUUAACUUCACUGAAAAGCCAUCAAGGAGUGGUCAUAGCAGCUGACUGGCUGGUUGGGGGGAAGCAGGCAGUGACAGCAUCGUGGGAUAGGACAGCAAAUCUGUAUGACGUAGAGACUUCUGAACUUGUCCAUUCUCUUACAGGGCACGACCAAGAGCUCACGCAUUGUUGUACACAUCCCACCCAGCGUCUCGUGGUGACAUCGUCCCGCGACACAACCUUCCGCCUGUGGGAUUUCAGAGAUCCUUCUAUCCAUUCUGUGAAUGUCUUUCAGGGCCACACAGACACUGUGACAUCUGCAGUUUUCACUGUGGGAGACAAUGUUGUUUCUGGUAGUGAUGACCGUACAGUAAAAGUCUGGGAUUUGAAAAACAUGAGGUCUCCUAUUGCAACAAUCCGUACAGAUUCUGCAGUCAACAGGAUUAACGUAUGUGUUGGCCAAAGAAUCAUCGCCCUUCCACAUGACAACCGACAGGUCAGAUUGUUCGACAUGUCAGGAGUGCGAUUAGCGCGGCUCCCCCGCAGUAACAGACAGGGGCACAGGAGGAUGGUUUGCUGCUCCGCCUGGUGUGAGGACCAUCCCAUAUGUAACCUCUUCACGUGCGGGUUUGAUCGUCAGGCUAUCGGGUGGAACAUCAACAUCCCUGCAUUGCUACAAGAGAAAUGAAAUCCUGAAAGAGUUUCUGCGUUUGUGUCGCCAUGGACUUCUACACUUUGGCAGGCUGCUCUCAACACUGGUCUGCUGUCGCCGUAAAAGCUCUUCCGUAAGGGGAGGCUCGAGCAAAUGUUGUUCUUGUUACCACGUUGUGCACAGUUUGCAUGAGUUGUACAGAAGAUGUGAUUUUUUAAAAAUUAGUUUGUCUUGUGUAUGAACUUUUAUAUUUUGGCAUCCACUGGUCAAUAUGUUCACUGUUGCAUAGAGCACAUAAAUGUUCAUAAAUUAUUUAGCAUUCAGUAGUUACACAGUAGGGCAUUACAUUUGUGACAUAAAUGUGAAACUUAUGUAAUUACUGUAGAGAGUGUAUAGCAGUCUGUUAUGUUUUUCCAUGACUCUACAUAUCUGCCUUGUGUUAAAAAGAAUCUGCAGGGCUAAAACUUUGAAAUGAAGUGUGAAUUUCACUAGUUGUAUGAUUGUAAACAUUUUCCUGUUUGCAUCUGAUUUGGAAUACUUUUUUUAGUGCUGCGUUAUAGUGCAACUUCAACUCCAUUUUUAUUCUGGUUACUGGAGAAAUAGUAGAUUUGAGAAGGAAAAUGCAAGCAACUUGUAAUGAAUAUAGACUGCCAGGUUUAUUUGUAAUGAUUUUUGUACUUUUUUUUUUGAAAAAAGAAAAAUAUUCAUUCUGCCCUUCUUAUAUAAAGUGAUUCUAAAACCUCAUUACAUUUCAUACUAGCAAAAAUCCAGAAUAUUAUAAUUCUAAUCACUGAAAUCUGGUCAAGCAAAUUCUGAAGCACUUUAGUUUAUAGCUAUUGUUAUAAACCAUUUAUGAAAGUUUGACUUUACCAGUGAAUGUGAGCUGACCUUUGUAAGAAGGAUUACUUCUUUUUGGUGAUCUGCCCAGAAAGGAAAUAGUUUUUUUUGGGGGUGGUGUUAUUGUUUAUGUACCUACAGUGAGCAUAUUUUCAAUUGUGCUCACUUCCCAUAUUUUUAUUUUGAGCCAGCAAUACAAAGCAAAUGAGUUCUACCUCAGAAAUGAAUGAUGGUCAAGAUGCGUCGAAUCUCUCUGUAGCCUAGAAAAAAGCACUUUUGGUCUCUGCCUGAAGUACUGUCUCUGACAGGAGAGGAAAGACAAUCAUACUACAUGUAAUCCUUAAGGUAAUUAACACUUAAAGCUAGUGGAGCAAUACAGUCAGUAAACAUCAUCUGUUACCUUUCUGUUCUCAGCCACGACAAGGGCCCCUGUCCUGUUCCAGAAGGGGAUAAUUAACACAGGUCUCUCUUCUUUCUCCCAAAUGAUCUUACUCUGGUUUUGCUCCUCACUGUGCUUGGCUGUUUUUUGCACUGGCAGUGGGGUGCUACACUGCAGCUGCUGCUGAUGUAAGUAAAUGCAGUGGCAGCUGAUGUCUUCAAAAGAACAGGAAGGCUGCUUCAGACAGACACCUCUCUUUGGCUAAAGGGAGAUGCUGCCCCCAUAACUGUCUGACAUAUCACAGUGUAAGAUGAAGGGUGAGGGUAACCCAAAGGUGCACUCUUACAGUGGGAAUCGUGGGGUUUAUGGUGGGUUGGCAGAAGUGUUAGGGGCUUUUUAUCUCAUCAUUAUGGUUUUGUGAAACUAUAGCUGUGCUCAUGUCCUCUACUGUUAUAAUGACAUGAAGACAGUUGUGUUAGCUGGUUCUCCUGUUACCUAACAUAUAUAUGGGCAUGGGAGUGCAAUGGGAUUGGAUGAUGAAUGCAUCAGUGAGGAAUUGUAGGAAAACAGGGGUCCUAGGCAUAUUUUGGAGUGUAGCAUUAAGGAAGCUCAAAAUAUUUAAUGGAGGAUAUAUAUGUAGUAUCUUUAUAGUACAGGUCCUCAUAGUAAUUUGAUCCCUUUUUCUUUUGUGAGAGUUUUUUUUUCUUUUUUUUUUGAUACAAGAUGCAUACACAGCUGUGCUGGAGUAAUCUUAAAUACCAAAACCAGUGAGGUUGCACAAAGCAGCUGCAGAGUUUUAAGUCUUCUGCUGAUAAGAGUUAAAUGAUGGUGUCAAAGUUUAUUUUCACUUUUUUUUUUUUUUUUUCCUUAAGAAGACUCACUUUCUUUUAGUUGGUGACAGGAAGAAUUUUACAAAGGUUUAUGCUGUUUAAAAAGAGAGAAAAAUGUCUGGCCAGUUAAAGCAGUUUCUCCAGCAUGGCCUGCAUGUAGUGUCUUGAGCAAUGGCUGUCCUUUAUGACCUGAGGUGGGGGAGAGGGUCACUGGUUUUGGUCCUGCUAAACUAAAGUGUCUGUUUGAGCUUCUCUAAUACAUCUGUAAUACAGGACCACUGGACUCUAUGCAGUUUAAUCAUCAUUGCUGCAAACUUUUUAUAUCACCAGAGGGACCAUCCUCUGGCACCAGGAAUGGGUUAUUAUGUUUCAUUUUGAAAAAAAUCAAGCAAACAAGGUGCUAGAGCCACGUUCUUACGAGCAGGCUAAUACUUAAAUCAGCUGAACACUUAACUAUCACGUAGCUUAAUUUUAUAUAUUGUACUGAAGGGUGAGCAGAACUGCCAUUCCCCUUGAAGCAAAAUAUAUGAGCAGUGGUGAAUAAUACGACAUUGACUUAAGAUGUGGAAAGCAUUUCAUGGCUUUUAAUGUUUUAAAGAGUGUUUCUCAGCACUGAACAAUGUCCAACAUUUCAUAAAAUGGAGGAAAGUUGCAGUUACAGUUUCAGUAUUGUGCAGGAUUUCACAGAAAACUCAUCACUGGGCAAAACCAAGCUUCUGUGUCUUUCAAGCAGUGCACAUCAGUUUUCACAAAGUUUGUGUAUAAUUUACAGUCAUAAAGAUCUGGAAUGAAACAUCUUAUUUGUUGCCUAAGUCUGUGAAAACUACCUUUUGGGGAAAAGAAUUUAUAACUUAUGUGGAACCACUUUUUAUUAUUCUGCUAAUUUGUUUUUAGAUGUAAAAUGUUUCUCUUCAUUACAAUUCAAAAUGCAUUAAAACAUUCAACAAUUUUUUUUUGGAA